AUGCCAGUUCUCCGACCCGGCCGGUUGAGGACCGUCCUCUCGGUUGCGGGUGCAUUGAUUCUAAUCUGCACCGUCUACCUCAAUUGGACUCCAACUCCUGCCUCCGUCGUUCCCAGUACGGUCUUCGAAGUCCCUAUCACAGAACGCCAAAAUGCGUUUUGGAAAAUAUUCAAACCGAUCCUAGAAUCGCAUGCUCCAGAUUGCCCGUCUCCAAAUAUCAAGAACUCGGUAGGCGCCAUCGGUUUCGACGCCGCUACGACCGACGCUCGACCAGACCUCGUUGAACUGAGCGAUAAUGAUUUCAAGGUGUUGGAAGAGGCUCAUGCGAAUUUUAUCCGCAACGUCACCGACUCGAAGAAGCUGCGACCCUUCCAUUCUCCAGGAACCCGCGGUAUUGUUUCGACUGGGGGAGGCUCGUAUCUUCCGGUCUUCCUGGCGUCAUUGCGGAUGCUGCGCCGCACGGGGUCUACAUUACCCGUCGAAGUCUAUAUGAAAGACAAAACCGAAUACGAGAAGAAACUCUGUGAUAAUAUUCUUCCUGAACUUAAUGCGAAGUGUCUCGUCAUUUCGGACGUUGUGGGCAAGGACUUCAUUGAACACUACCAGCUCAAGGUCUUUGCGAUUCUUUUCUCCUCCUUUGAAGAGGUCGUUUGGAUGGAUGCCGACUGUUUCCCGCUGGAUAAACCGGAAAUUCUACUGAACAAUGAACCCUUCCUGUCCAAGGGCAUGAUCACCUGGCCCGAUUUCUGGGCGUCCACGGUGUCGCCUCUCUAUUACAACAUCUCCCGACAGCCCAUGCCCUCAAUGGCAGAGCGACAAUCAUCCGAAACCGGAGCCAUCCUGAUCUCUAAGAAGACCCAUUAUCUGACGUUGUUACUGACCGCCUACUAUAACUAUUACGGACCUUCGCACUAUUUCCGACUCCUGUCACAGGGAGCACCUGGCGAAGGCGACAAGGAAACCUUCCUCCAGGCCGCGUCCGCAGUGGGCGAGCCAUUCUAUGCCGUCAGCGAAAGCGUGCAAGCCAUCGGCCACCCGAAGGAGGGUGGGGUGGCGGGUUCGGCCAUGGUACAGUCGGACCCAAUCGGCGACUUUGCGCUAACCAGCCAGGACAAAUGGCGGGUGAAAGAUCCCUCCGUGGGAAAGCCACCCCGAGUGUUUUUCAUCCAUGCCAAUUACCCCAAAUUCAACCCGGCAGAGAAUGUGUUUGGGACGAAGUGGGAAACGGCGCCUACUGUGCGUCCUGAUGGCAAAGAUGGCCGCGCCUGGGUCGUGCCCGAAGACGUGCUGAAACGGUUUGGAUCCGACGUCGAGAAAUCCUACUGGGAGGAAAUCAAAACGGUCAGCUGCAGCGCCGAGAUUGAGUUCAAGACGUGGACGAAUAAGCCGGAGACGUGUGCGAACGUUGUGGGCUACUGGAAUAAUGUAUUCGCGGAGCCUCAUGAAGACGACCCGAAGUUCUUCGAAGAGGGUUGA